GCUUGUGGGGCUACAUUCACCUCAUUAAAAUGACCUUGCCUCAUCUUUACUCUCAUUCCCCUCCUCUAUUCCCAUUCAAAAAUUUCAAACAUCCCCACCACAUUUAGCCACCAAAAUUCCCACCAUAACCUCUUGGCUUUCUUUAUUUCCACUGCCUUUCCCUUUCUACUUCAGGCUUUGAGUAGUAUCUCUAAAGCAUCUAUACAAGUAGCACCAAGAGAAGGAGAGGAAGUGAAAGAGAGGGAGUCUCAAAGAUGAGCACGGCGAGGUUCAUCAAGUGCGUGACCGUCGGCGAUGGGGCUGUCGGGAAGACAUGCAUGCUCAUCUCCUAUACCAGCAAUACCUUCCCAACGGAUUAUGUUCCAACUGUCUUCGACAACUUCAGUGCAAACGUGGUGGUGGAUGGGAGCACGGUGAACCUCGGGCUUUGGGACACUGCAGGGCAGGAGGACUACAAUAGGCUAAGACCUCUCAGUUACAGAGGUGCUGAUGUGUUCUUGUUAGCUUUCUCUCUCAUUAGUAAGGCCAGCUAUGAGAAUAUUUACAAAAAGUGGAUCCCAGAGUUGAGGCAUUAUGCGCCCAAUGUACCAAUUGUGCUAGUGGGAACCAAACUUGAUUUACGUGAUGACAAGCAAUUUCUCAUCGAUCACCCUGGUGCCACACCAAUUACAACCUCACAGGGAGAAGAUUUGAAAAGGUUAAUAGGUGCAGCGGUUUAUAUAGAAUGUAGUUCCAAGACUCAACAGAAUGUGAAGGUUGUGUUUGAUGCUGCAAUCAAGUUGGUCAUACGUCCGCCAAAGCCGAAGAAAAAGAGUAGAAAGCAAAAGUCUUGUUUUAUUUUAUAAGUGUCAUAAGUUUUUGUAUAAUUGAUUAAUAUCGAUCAUUUCAAGGAACAGUUGUACCUAUAUAUCAAAGUGUUAGCCUCCUUGUUUUCAUUUAUGAUUA